AGCGCUCAAGAGGGGCGGACCGAUGACGCAAAGGCAACAGGUUGUUUCGGAAAAAACGCACUGACAGUUUUGCAUGGACUAUUCAUCCUUGUUCUCAACUAAGAGUUUUUAAUAGCGACUAAACCUAGAAAGGGCUUUUUUAUUAUUGUGUGCCUUCUGAAGGUCAUUGUUGAAGGUUUCAGAAAACAGUGUUCUUGUGGUUAUUCUGCUUGGACACCUGUGUAAACCUGAGGAGAACUAACUGCAUAAACCCAAGUGAAAAUAACUUUGGGACCAGUUGGCAGGUCACAAUGAGUUCCCUCUCAGCAGACAGGAAGCCCCCUCUGGACUACGGCGUACAGAUCCGCUUCAUCAAAGAUUUGGACGAUGCUGGCGGAGGGUUCCCAGACAGAAGUCGAAUGGCUGGUGGAGUUGGUGUCAACAACGGGACUCUUUCGCCGUCUAAGUAUGGAGUAGCUGUGCGGGUGCAAGGCAUUUCAGGACAGCCGUACGUGGUGCUCCAGGACGGAGAAAAGGGAGACUCUUACGGGGUACAGCUGAAGACUCAACCACAAAUCCAGAGCUCAGCCCCAGUUGUCUCUCAGACUUCUCCAUACAGCACCCUGUUUCUGGGACAAAGGGAAGGGGCUCGAACUCCCCAGGGUUCCUAUAUUCCUGCUGAACAACCUAGCUCUCCUGAUGAGGAAUUUGGUAGCCCUUUAAGGAGGCCACCUGGUGAUGGACAGGCAGGGAUUCAAGGAGAAGCUGAGGCCAGGACUACAGGACGCCUUACCCCUUCUGCUCUUGCUUCUAAGGUGGACAAAAAGGACAAUGAUGGCUUUAAUGAAGCAGGGCUUAGGAAGGUCAAGCAGAAUGGGACUGGGAGUAGUCUGAAUGGAACAGGGCUAAAUGGAUCGUUCCCUACUCUCCCAGCCCCAUUGGAUGAGGACAAGGCCCCAGCUAUAGACACAAAGUCCCUGGCUCCCAUUAAUAAACUCAUUAGCCGGUUUGGUGGUGGUGGUUCUGGUGAUGUUCCCAUCUCAGAAUCCCGAACUCAGCCUCGUCUUGAUAACAGACUUCGGUCUCACAGUGUGGAUGCCCUUAACAAACCUACUGAUGAAGCCCCACCAACUUCCCCAACAAUAAACCCCUAUGCUUCUAUUACCCCAGCUGCAGUGCCCAAACUCAGCUCACCAAAACCGUCAACCGGCAGUCUAGGACGAGACUCCACAUCUGUGGCUAAAGUGGCUGCUAUACCCAAUUCCAAACCUCUCACUUUUAGCCAAUCACCAAAGCUGUUUGUGCCCAAGGAGGCACCACCUGCUAUUCCAAAGAAACCAGUAACCCCUGACCUCAUAAAGAGCCAGACCACCAGUACAGAGAAUGGAAAUGGAGAGGAUGCCCAGACUAAACAAGCCAUUUACAACAUACUCAAAGAGGGGUCUAUUGAGAGCGAGGCGGCCAUCAAACGCAAAACGAGUCUCAUUCAUGAAAGGUUCUGUGAGGUGAAGGGUCCUCAGAUCUUAGUGAAUGACAGCAAUAUGAAGACUGAACUGGAGCAGGAAUUCAACAAGAACACCCAAUUACAGCAAAUACUGGACAAGACCAAGAGAGAACUGCAGGAAAACCAGGAUCAAAUGGUGGAGCUGCGGAUGGAUCGGGAGUUGGUGGAGUCUCGCUUACGGCAACAGGAGGAUCAGCUAGCUCAGCUCCAGGAGGAACUCCGACGGAUGCCGGAAAACUCUCCUCAGUCUGACACAAUGCAGCUAGACUUGAUGACGGUGCAGGCAGAUCUGUCGGAGUCUCUGAUGCUGAGGCAGAAACUGGAGGACACACUGAGACAGAGGGAGCGAGAGCUCACCGCUCUGAAAGGGGCCCUGAAGGAUGAGGUGGAGUCCCACGAUAAAGAGAUGGAGUCCCUGAGAGAGGAGUACAGUCAAGACAUGGACGCCCUGCGUCACAGCAUGGAGACCGUCUCACAGUCUCAGAUGGAAAUCGAGGAGGAGCGUCAGAAGGUGAACGCCUCCAUCAUGGCUCUGGAGGAGGAGCUGGAGGGAUACAAAGAGCAGAGCGACCAAUGGAAGGAGCAGUGCAGCUCUGCCAACCGAGAACGAGGGCAGUGCAACGCAUUUCAAAAGCUGAUGCAGGCUCAGCAUGAGAAGAAGCAACUGGAAGAGAAGCUGCUUUCAGUUAAGAAGCAAACUGAUGAAACUGAUUCAAACCCUUUAAUGAAGGAGUUACAGCGGUGCCGAGAUGAUUUAAAGAAAGCUUAUUCACAAGUGGAAAAGCAGAAAGCAGAGGCAGCAAAAAAGGAAGAAGAGCUUAAAUCGGUAACCAGAGCCAAUGAGAAGCAAGAGAAGGAGCUGAAGGCAGAGAUUGACAGACUAAAAGACCAAUUGAAGAAAGACAAAGAGGAACUUGCAAAGGCACUGGAGAAAACACAACAGCCCUUCAUGUCAGAGCAAUCUCUGGAUACUGGAAGCAACCUAGAACUUGAAGAGGCCAAUGCUCGCUUGAGAGAGAGAAUAGCCCGCAUGACGCUCUUGCAGUCCAGCGUUCCUGACAGCAGCUCCUCAGAUGUUCUGGAGGAGGAGAACCGGAGCCUGAGGAACCAGCUGGAGGAGUCCCGUCGCACAGUGUCUCGGCUGGGUCAGGAGAAAGACGAGCUCAACAGACGGUUGGAGGAGAGGGAGAGAGAGAGGGAAGCUCUGAGACGCGGCAAGAUCGACAUAGAGGAGCAGAAGAGACUGCUGGACCGAUCUCUGGAGAAGAUUAACAAGGAGAUGGAGAGUAUGAUGGGAGAGUCGCGUCAGUCGGUGACGGUUCUUCAGUCUCAGCUGGAUGAAUUCAGGGAUCGUUCACGUCGAGAGCUGCAGGACGCUCAGAGACUCAGUAAAGACAGGCUGAUUGAGUUACAGAGAGCGCAGGCCCUCCUCAAGACCACCCAGGAGGAGGUGUCUCGUCUGAAGAAAGAUCUGCUGACGUGCUCGGAGGAGAGGGACAGCGCUCAGCUGGAUAAAGAUCUACUGAGCAGUCGUCUGAAACACCUGGAGGAUGAGCUGGAGACGGAGAGAAGCUCACAGACGGACCGCAGCAGAGAGAUCCGCCUGAUAGAGGACAAAGUGAAGAUAUUAGAGAUCGAGUUGGACGAGGAGAAGAGUGGAGCGGAGCUACUGAACGAACGCAUCACUCGCAGUCGAGAGCAGGUGGAUCAGCUCCGUUCUGAACUGAUGCAAGAGCGUUCAGCCCGACAUGAUCUUGAGAUGGAUAAGAGUGCACUGGAGAGACAGAUGAAGGAGUUAAAGUCUCGUAUAGCUGAUAUGGGCACUCAGGUUCGUCCCUCUGCUGGGGUCACGAUGCUAGAACACAAGGUUCAGGAGCUGGAGGACCGUUUGCGCAGUGAAGAGAGAGAGAAAAACACCAUUCUAGCUGCUCAGAGGAGAUUGGACAGGAAACUUAAGGACGUGACGGCCAUCCUGGACCAGGAGCGAAAUCAACACGCUGAACAGAGAGACCAGCUGUCUCUGCGGGUGAAGGCUCUGAAGCGUCAGGUGGACGAGAGUGAGGAGGAGGUGGAGCGUCUGGAGGGUGUCAGACGGAAGGUUCUGCGGGAUCUUGAGGAGCAGCGGGAGCUACAGGAGGCGCAGCAGGCCAAAGUCAACACACUGGAGAACGAGCUCAAGAGGAAGGUUCAGCAAUCACGCCGUCCAACUCUGGGAAGCACCUUGAGUUCUGAGGAAGAGGACAGUUACUCUGACUCAAAAAACAUCACAUCUAUUCUCACUGAAACGCCACUUCAGACCACCAACUGUUAAAGACUGAACGAGAGGGGGGAAAUAUCUUUUGCACACGCUUGAUUUGUGUUUUCUU